AACGUAUAGAUAUAAAGCAAGCCAAGAAAGACACCUCUCCUCUCUCUUUCUCUCUCACAUAUUCACUCUUUUCUUCAACAAAACAAUAAAAGAAAAAAAGAAAAUCAAAAUUCCCUUCAUUUUCUCUUUGCUCACUUUUAAUCUGGCCUAAAUUCUCAAUCUUUUAGAGAAACAGAACAAUCUUUGAUCAUCACAAACAUACUAACUCUCUGUUGUUCAAUUUUGAUCUGUUUUUGGCCUAAAAACCUUGUAAUUCUCUUCAAUUAUUGACAGAUGCAGAUGGGUUUUGAUCAAUCAUGGACCUUGAUUAUGUGUUUGAGAAUUGAAGCUUGCUGAUUAGUGCAUAAUUUUUUAAGCAACUUAGACAAUUUUCUCUGCCAAGUUUGGGCACUGCAAUAACUUAGCAGUGCCCAUGGAUGCCACAACGAGUGGAACCUCAAGUAUACAAUACCAUAACAUAACAACUGACCAGCCCAUUACUGCAAUUGUUGCUGCUCCUGUAUCCACAUUUCAACGAAAUCAACGCCAUUGUUUCGGGGAAUCCAGUCCUGGAGAAUUCCCCUUAGCUGCCAGUCCAUCAAUUGUUCUCCAUGUACUCACUACUUGUAAUUUGGAUCCUCAAGAUCUUGCGAAACUAGAGGCAACAUGUUCCUUCUUUAGACAGCCUGCAAACUUUGCCCCCGACUAUGAAUUGUCUAUCUCAGAACUUGCAGCUCUUGAUAUGUGCCAAAAGAGAGCCAUUUUUAAGCCAAUGACUUCUGAAGAACGUCGAGAUCUGAAACAAAGAUGUGGGGGCUCAUGGAAACUAGUCCUGAGAUUUUUACUGGCUGGAGAAGCAUGUUGCAGGAGGGAGAAUUCUCAGGCAAUAGCUGGACCUGGUCAUAGCAUUGCUGUGACAUCGAAGGGAGUAGUGUAUUCCUUUGGCUCUAAUAGCUCAGGACAACUUGGUCAUGGAAAUACUGAAGAGGAAUGGCGACCUCGACAAAUCAGAUCCCUGCAAGGCAUUCGAAUUAUCCAAGCAGCUGCUGGGCCUGGCAGGACAAUGCUAAUUAGUGAUGCUGGACAGGUGUAUGCCUUUGGAAAGGACUCCUUCGGCGAAGCUGAGUAUGGAGUUCAAGGAACUAAAUUGGUUACAACUCCACAACUCGUUGAGUCUUUGAAAAACAUAUUUGUUGUGCAAGCUGCAAUAGGAAAUUUCUUCACUGCUGUAUUGUCUAGAGAAGGCAGGGUUUACACAUUUUCUUGGGGCAGUGAUGGCAAACUUGGUCAUCAGACUGAGCCAACUGAUGUUGAACCUCACCCUUUGUUAGGUGCACUUGAAAAUAUUCCAGUGGUACAGAUUGCAGCUGGAUACUGUUACCUUCUUGCUCUUGCUUGUCAGCCCAGUGGCAUGUCAGUGUACUCUGUUGGUUGCGGCUUGGGUGGGAAGCUGGGGCAUGGGUCAAGAACUGAUGAGAAGUAUCCUCGACUAAUUGAACAAUUUCAGCUUUUAAACCUUCAGCCUAUGGUGGUCGCAGCUGGUGCUUGGCAUGCUGCUGUGGUAGGGCGUGAUGGACGGGUUUGCACGUGGGGUUGGGGUCGUUAUGGGUGCUUGGGUCAUGGGAAUGAGGAGUGUGAGUCAGUUCCUAAGGUAGUGGACGCAUUGAGCAACAUUAAAGCUGUUCAUGUUGCUACAGGGGAUUACACAACCUUUGUAGUUUCUGAGGAGGGUGAUGUAUACUCAUUUGGUUGUGGUGAAUCUGCUAGUCUAGGGCAUAAUGCUGCUGCUGCUGCUAAUGCUGAUGGACAGGGAAGGCAUGCCAAUGUCUUGAGCCCAGAACUUGUAACCUCACUGAAGGAGGUGAACGAACGAGUGGUGCAGAUCAGCCUGACAAAUUCGAUAUACUGGAAUGCUCAUACAUUUGCACUCACUGACAGUGGGAAACUGUAUGCAUUUGGUGCCGGAGACAAAGGGCAGCUGGGCACAGAACUUGUGAACAACCAAACUGAAAGAGGGAACCCAGAAAGGGUCGAUAUUGACCUAAGUUAGCCAUUAAAAUGGCUGACCUUCCAAUUUCUUACCCCCUUUUUAACUCCUCAGCAUCAGGAUUACACUCUGCAUUUGGUGUUUAGAUUCCAUGUUUAUUUUGUACAUAGAAGAAAAAGAACAGACAGCAUUUGUGAAGAUUUAAGCUUUUAGGUAGUAAAAGGUCCAAGCUCACUUAACCUGCAGCACCAAAUGACUUGGAUAUUUAGGUUGGAGCUUGAGACUCAAGUUGUUAAUAGUUGAUACAUUUGUUAAGGUUCAUUAAUAACUUAUUUAUGCUGAUUUGCAUUCCUAAUCCAA